AGUUGUUAUCAGAAUAGUAAAAUGAAGUUAACACUUUUGAUUGGAUCAGUUUUGCUUUUUUGCUUCAUUGCAGCUGAAGACGCUCCCGGAUUUUUCCUCAAAACGGCUAAGAAUAUUCCACGGCUAGGAAAACGUAACAAUCCAUUUCUCAAACAAGGAGGGAAAAAUAUUCCAAGAUUAGGACGACGCAGUGAAGCAUUGCCAAGAACUGUCGAUGAGUUUAAAUUUUACAAUCAUGUUCAACCAUUUGACUCUAAAUUUAUUCUUGACUUUUUAUCUGAUGAAGUUUUCGUUGACGGUGACUUGAAAUAUGUUUCCUGGACAGAUUUUGAUAAAGCUUUAGAGGGUGACACGGAAUUGAAAAACAAACUAAUAAGCAUUGCCAGAGACAAGGAGAUUGAAGAAUUGAAAAAGCUUGUUUAUGCAACCGGGAACUUUGAAAAUCAAAAUAAUGAAAUUUAUGGCCGACCACAUACAUAUUCUGACUCAAACUCAGAGAAAGUUUACCAAAACUUUAUUCCAUACGAUGCAAAUAACAAAUACAAUAAUAUGGAAAAUGAAGCUUACUUUUAUCAACUCAGCGACAAGCGAAGUGCAAACAUGUUUUAUUGGAUUAAAGUUUUAGUUAUUUUGGCAACUGAAAGUUUAGUUUUUGGACGAGUUGUUUUCCCUAGAAUUCCAGAUUACAUUAAUCGUGAUUCAUUAAUUCCAGAUGAGUUUAAAUUAGAAGAUUUACGUCAUUUGGUUGAUCAAGAUCCUGAGAUAACGCCGGGACUUUUUGAAGGUGAUCAAGCUAUUGAUAACGAACUUUUCUCUUAUUACCGAGUCGGAUUACGUUGGGAUGUUUUCCCUGAAAAGCUUUGGCCAAAUCGAACCAUUCCUUACGCAAUCUCACCACUUUAUGAGCCUGAAGAUAAAGUUACAAUAUUGACUGCAAUUAGAACUCUCAACUUUAUGACUUGUCUUAAGUUUAAAAGGUGGAAUGGAGUGGAGGAAGAUUUUCUUUUGAUUUGGCCGAUAAAAUUCCCUAAAGGAUGUUGGUCGUAUGUGGGAAAAACUGGCGGUCCACAGAUUCUAUCCCUUCAACCUCCUGAUAAAACUGGGCCAAAUUGCUUAGGUGGAGAAGGUCGAACACUUCAUGAAAUACUGCAUGCUGUCGGAAUUUUUCAUGAACAAAGUCGUGCAGACCGAGAUAGAUUUGUUAAGGUUCAUUGGGAUAAUAUUUUACCAGGAUAUAAAGGAAAUUUUGAAAAGCAAUCCUUACGAAAUACAACAUAUAGCUUUGAAUAUGAUUAUGCAAAGCUCAAUCAUGCACUAUGGAAAAUCUUAUUUUAGAGGGAAAAAUCAGAUAAAAUGACAGACACUGAAGCUCCAGUCGCAACUGAGGCUCCACAAAAAGCCGCUGAACCAGUUCAAAAGGAAGUUAUCGUCGUUGAGUUCGAUGUUGUUGCUGGCGAGAAGGGAAGUGAAGCCGCUAACGUAACUGGACCUGAAGGCGAGCCUGUUAAAGGUUCACCAUAUGCCGCAGAUAAGAGACGAGGACAACGCUAUUGGACAUCGAAAAAUCAGAAUCGUCGUUCUGGUGGUGACCGUAAGAAAGAAAAUGGAGAGAAUGGAGAUCAAUCAGACACCGGCGCUCAAUCUGAUGGUGGGGAUAAGCCAAGACAACGUCGUUUCCGUCGUCCAUUCGGACGUGGCGGUAGCGGUCGUGGUUUCGGUAAUGGAUCCUAUGGAUAUCGUCGUCGUGCACCAAGACGCGACGGACAAGUUUCUGAAGGAAAUGACACUGCCGGAGAAUCAGAAGGUGAACGUGGCCCAAGAAAUGGUGGCGAUCGUCCACAACGUCAACGCCGUGGUGGUGGUGGCUUCAGACGCUUCAGAGGUGGACCUCGUGGAUCUGGGGGACCUCGUCGUUCAGGCCCGCCUCGCAGUGGUGUACCAAAUGGCGAUUCAAAUCAUGAAAAUGCAGGGGGUGACGGUGCGCCACGCAAUGAAAAUCGUGGUAGACGAACCAGACGCUUUGGCCGAUCUGGACCGAGACGUUCACAAAAUAGUGAAUCAGGUGGAAAACCUGCUCAGGGUGAAAAGCAGAAUGAUGGUCAAGCCGUUCAGAAUACAACAACUGAAAGCACCGCAUAAGUUUGUCAAUCGGGUGAAUUAAAAUCCACAUUUUACAUUUUCAAGAAUAUCUAUAAAACUCAAAAAAACAUGAAAACAAAUAACUCUGAUUAUUAUCCCUUAAAUAACAGAAAAAAAUCUUGCAGAAAUAUCCUAGGAAGUUUUUCUAACAUCAAAAAUACUUAAGCAUACAGAAAGAAAAAAUGAAAUCACAGAAAUACAGAAUAUUGACGAAAUUAUAAUGAGAAUCGUAUGUAAAUCUUAACGAUGAGAGAGAAGAAAAAUCAUCUAAUUAACAUUUUUUUAUUAAUUUUUUUUACAAUUGAUUUAUGGAUUCAGAAAACAAAAACAACAUCUUCGGAUGAUGAAUAAAAAAAAUUAAACUUUUCAUCUUUCAUUCGCCUUGAGAGUGCAAAAUUUAUUUUAAUCUGAAAGCAACAAUUGAAAAACGUGUCUCAGAACAAAUAAAGCUUAGUUGUUGGCUACUUAGUAAAGAAAUGAUAAGGAUUAAAGUAAAUUUUGCCUCUCUUUAUACACUUAGACACUUUUAAUGGCGAAAUUUAGAUUUUUUACAAUAAAUGUUUUUCUACACAAAAUAAAAAAAUCUGGUUUGGCUUUGUUUUUGACUUUAAAUUAACAUCAGACAUCUGAUUAGACUUUGCUUCUUUUUAUAAUUUCAUUUUUGUAGAACGCUUUCUUCUCAUUUUUAUGAUUGAAUUGAAUUAAAUUAAAUUGUACUUUAUAACUAAAGAUGAGAAAAAAAAACUUGCAUUGAUUAAGAAAUCUAAAUGUAAUGAAAUUUAAGCAAAAAAGUAAAGAAAUCGCAACUAAGAAAAACAUUUUAAGGCAAAAAAAUGCACUGGCGUAAAAAGAAAUGACACGAGUUUUGUGACCAACCGCAACACAUUUUUCCUUCGCGUUUCAGACGGUUGAUAUAUGAAUAUCGCGCGUAAAAUUAUCGAGUACCAAAAAGAAAUAUUAAUGAGUGAUGAAUUAAAAAAAUAAAAAUAAAUUAAGUGUGGUGGUAGGUAAUGGUGUUGACAACUAUGCUCUCCAAAAGCGUAAGAAAUGUUCACUUUCAGAUGAGAGGUAAUAAAGGAAAAGAAGCUUGGCGUGUGAAAGGCACACAUUCGUAUAUCCACCUUUUAAACACCACCCACACUAAUUCGGUAUUAAAAAAAUCGUCUCGUCGUCAUUUCUUUUUUGAGCAGUUUUUCUAUAUAACAAUAAUCUAUAAUAUCUUAAAGAAAAAUAAAAUCAGUGAAAACAUUUAUAAUUGUAUUUGAGUGAAAGGAAAAAAAAUCUUAAAAGCAAGCACAUUGCGAAUGAAAAUUUAAAGCUCUUGAGAAUCGACAUCAACUGAUUCAAAUUAUCAAGAUGAAUAAAAAUAAUUUUGAAAAACACAUAAAAUAAAAGAAUUCACAUCAGCAAUCGUUCAAUAAUAUGAACGAGAACUUUUUUUUGAAACAAAUGGAAAGCAAAAAGUUUUUAAAAUCCCACACAAUGACUUUUAGAAGAAGAAAAAACAAUUAACAUCCAGUAGACCGAAUGAAAGCAAAGUAUAAAUUUUAAGCAGGAGUUUGAAAAUGUCCUUAUAAUUUACAAAAAAGAAUCACAAAUAUAGAAGAUGAAGAUAAAGAAUUGCUAGUAAGUGUCUCAAUUUUUGCGAAAAUUACCUUUUCGUUUUCUUAUUUAUGAAAAUAAAAUAACAACAGAAAAAAAUUGUCGGAAAAAAGGAAAGUUUAAGAUCGCUAAGCAGAAAUAAAAUCAGAUCAGCAAAUAAACAAGUUAGGAUGAAAAAAUUAACAACUGAUUACAGGACAUUUAAAUACAACUCAACGGAAAAUAAUACUAAAUAAAAAAAAAUGGAAAAAUGUAAAUAAAAAAAAUCAUCGCUUCGGAGAAGUUUCUUGGCAUUUAUUUAUGACUAUUUCACAUCAUCACCAUUUCAAAUGCAUUUAAAAUUAAGGAAUGGAACAUCUUCAUAAUUAUCUGGAAAUCAGUUUCAUUAUAAAAUCAUAACAUCUUCAUAAUAAGUAAUCGAAUCGCCAAUCUUAAAAUCAUUAAACGAAACAAUUUAUAAACAAGUUCAUCGAAUUGGAAUAAUGUCUUAAAUUACUAUGCCGAGAAAAUCUUCGAAUUGAAUCAAAUUUUUUUAUAUGCAAAACAAAAAAAUUAAUGUAAUACUACAAAGUAACAAAAAAAAAUUGAAAAAAACAAUACGAUCACUUUGACUUUUGUAUGAUGAUUUUUUUCUUUGAAAAACCAAUAAAAAAAUCUCAAAAAAAAAUAA